CUGUUUCUGAAAAAAAAAUUUCGCGUCUUCUACCAAACAACUUUUAACAACGUAUGUGUUCAAGACUAUCAAAGUUGAGAUUAAAGGUAUUGAUUCAAUAGGGUUUAAUAUGCUUAAUUGGUUGCCUAUAUGGUCAAUCAUUGUCUUGUUGCCUUCAGUGAUAGCAGGCACAUACUAUAAUGAAAGUUUGUCGUUAAAGCCAUUACCGAGAAACAAAUUAUUAUCAACGUUUGCAUUUCAAAUUGAUUCAUUACCAUUCACUCUACAAUAUCAUAAUGCAUCCAUUGAUAGCCUCAAUGAUGCCAAUCAUCAUUAUACAUACUUUCCCAGAGCACUUGGACCUAUAUUAGAGUCAUCAAAUAUCAGGGAAUUGCAUCUUAGAUUCACUCAAGGAUGGUGGGAUUCUGAAUCUUGGGGAAAAUUACCUCAUGAUGGAUUUAGAAGUGGAGGAACUGGAGUUGAAGUUUCAGCAAUUGUUGAAGCUCCAAAUUUAGCAGUGGCAAAGGAGAAUUGGUUUAAAUUCUCCAAAACAUUAUCUGGAUUCUUCUGUGCAUCGAUCAAUUUCGUGGAUGAUUCAAUAACUACAUUUCCUAAACAUGCAGUUGAUUCCCAUAAAGAAAAGAAAUAUUUUUCAGACAAAGCUAAUAAAUUAUAUUAUAUAAGAGCUGCUUUACCAAGUGAACCAAUUUGUACUGAGAAUUUAACUCCUUUUUUGAAAUUACUUCCUACUAGAGGUAAAGCAGGUAUUGCAUCAUUACUUGAUGGUCAUAAAUUAUUUGAUUCAUUAUGGCAUGGAAUGUCAAUAGAUGUAUCUACUGAAUGUGAAGGAGAUAAUUGUAUACUUAAAAUGGAUCAAACUAUAGAUCAUGUCAUUGAUAUCAUACGAUCAAUUAGAAAAAAAGAAGAAGGUGGACUUCCAAGACCAACUCCAGGAGACAAAUUACGUUGUGAUCCAGAAAAGACUUUCAGUGUAUGGCAAUGUUUCCCACUUGGAGAUCCUACUGAAAUAGAUUGGAGUCUUGAGACUUUAUAUGGUAGAUUGAUUAAUGGACCAGCAUUGAUGAAUGAUCCUAAGGGAACUGUGUUGAAUAUUAUAACUGAUAGAGAUAACUGGAGGAUUACAGCCAAACAAGAUCGUCAAGAUUCAAUUGUAACUUAUACAGUUGGAAGUGAUAAAGAUAUCAUUACGGAAUAUAUCAAUGAACAAGCUAAAUAUGAUUUCCUGUUUCAUACUAGUGAUAGUAGAUUAAUUGUACCUAUUGAAACUCCACCAUUAAUUGCUUCAAGAUCAUUAACUGGUUAUUCCCAAGAUAAAGGAGGGUUCAGAGUAUCAUUUAAGAAUCCAUCAUUAGAUAAAUCCGUUGAUUUUGUUUAUUUUGAGUCAUUACCAUGGUUCCUGAGAUUAUAUUUGAAUACAUUAACCUUGAAGGUUCAUAAUAGUUCAGGUGAUUUUGUGGGUAAAGAUUUAGAACUGACAUAUAUCAAAAACAGAUACUAUAGACCUGCUAUUGAUAGAAGUAGACCAUCACAUUUAGAAUUAUUAUUAUCUAUACCUGCUAAUCUGUCAGUGGUUCUUACCUAUCAAUUUGAUAAAUCAUUAUUAUUAUAUCAUGAAUAUCCACCUGAUGCUAAUCAUGGAUUUUCAGUUGAACCUGCUGUUAUUACUGUAUUAGAUGAUAAUGGUAAUGAUAUUUAUGAAUUCAGAACUACAAGUUUAUUAUUGACACUUCCAACUCCUGAUUUCUCCAUGCCUUAUAAUGUUAUUAUUAUGACAUGUACGAUUAUGUCAUUAAUGUUUGGAUCUGUAUUUAAUUUAUUAACUAAGAAAGUUAUCACUGAAGAUGAAUUAGAUCAAUUAACUAAGCAAAGUAAAGGAUCCAAAUUAAUACUGGCAUUAAAAGAAAAAAUACAAAAGUUUAAAUCAAAAGCAAAACCACCACCACCAUCAGAUACUAAGCUGACCCCACAAUCUAACUCAAAAGAGGAAGAAAAUUCUGAAGAAUAAGCCAGGUAGUUAAUCUGGUAGUACAUAGGGAUAUAUAAAAAAUAAAAUAAACACACUCGUAACUAAUUAAGAUUUAAGAAUUGUAUGAUUAUACCCCGGACCAGGAGCAAGGGGAAAAUGGAAACACACACACACACACACACACAGAGAGGAAAGCUAAGCGCUUAAAGAAUUUCUUUUUAUUUAAAAUUUCUUUUUUUUUCGCAGCUUCCAUUUUCA